AUGCAGCCCAUCACAUUCGGCAGUUUCCUUGUCACAUUCCUGUCUGCCUCUAUGGCAGCAGGUAGUGCUAUUCCCAACGCCAUCUCUACCUCUGGCUUUUUCGAGAUCAAGAGAACUGAGAACAAAGGCUUCACAGGCCGCAAUGGCCCUCUAGCUUUGGCCCGCGCUUACGCCAAGUAUGGCGUUCCAGUUCCCAAGGCGUUGAUUGAGGCUAUUGAGCUCGUCAAGUCAACCCAGCUUAUCAAGCGCGGCGGCAACGGCAACGUCACCGCUACACCCGAUGGUGAUGACCUUCAAUAUCUGGUCCCCGUCCAGAUCGGCACUCCUCCUCAGACACUCAACUUGGAUUUUGAUACCGGUAGCUCCGACCUCUGGGUCUUCUCUUCCGAGACAGACACCAGCUCCUCUCAGGGCCAUGGCGUCUACAACCCAUCCAAGAGCACUUCGUCCAAGAAAUUGGAUGGCGCAACUUGGAAUAUUACUUAUGGAGACCAAUCGUCAUCCUCUGGAGACGUCUAUACCGAUGUCGUUACCGUCGGAAGCCUUACUGUGAAGACCCAGGCGGUUGAGUCUGCUCAGCAAGUUUCGGCGCAAUUCGCCCAAGGCCACAAUGAUGGUCUCGUGGGUCUCGCUUUCAGCUCCCUUAACACAGUCACGCCUACUCCUCAGAAGACCUGGUUCGACAACAUUGUCGGCAGCCUUGACUCUCCUCUCUUUGUUGCCGAUCUCCGCCACGAGGCUCCUGGCAGCUACAUCUUCGGCGCCGUCCCCUCUGCUGCAAGCAAUAUCCUAUAUGCCCCCAUCGACAACAGCAAGGGCUUUUGGCAAUUCAGCACGAGCAGCGAUAUCGGCGGAGAGUUCGAUGCUAUUGCUGACACUGGCACAACUCUUGUUCUGGCUGGUGACGACCUCACCAAAGCCUACUACCAAAAGGUCCAGGGUGCCCGCCUGGAUACAGUGCAGGGAGGCUAUAUUUUCGGCUGUAACACCACUCUGCCUGACUUCACAUUCACUGUCGGAGAGGGUAAGAUCACAGUUCCCGGUAGUUUGAUCAACUACGCCCCGGCCGGCAACAAUGAGUGUUUCGGUGGUAUCCAGCCCUCUGGUGGCCUGCCUUUCACUAUCCUUGGUGAUAUCGCCCUCAAGGCUGCCCAUGUCAUCUUUGACAGUGGCAAGACUCAGAUUGGCUGGGCACAGAAGAAGUAA